AUGGGUGUUCAGCCUCCUUACAUUUAUGAUCCGGUCAAGUCGGAUGGACCAAGAAGUCCAUACAAGGAGUUCGAUCCCAAAGCUGUGACUCGCGAAAGCCAGACACCCAAACCCCGCCGCCAGAAGCCAGAAGGCCCUUUGGUUUCUUUCAGCCAGUAUCCUGAUUCCUACCUAAUUCUACCAUAUGGAAAUUCGAAUGUAAAGCCAAUGAGCGCCUUGGUGAAGAAGUGGGUGAAAUGGAUGAGGAAAGUCCAAUUGGUUUUGAGAUGCUUCGAACUAUUGUGUGCAGUUGGGCUGCUGGUUGUAUUGAUCCUUAUCAAAGGAAUUGACGCAACUACUGGUUGGAUCAUGAGGAUAGUACCCGGUGUCGCCAUCCUACACACGGUCUACGGAAUAUAUCAUUUGGCACGGAAGGCAUCAGGCAGACCUCCAGGAUCCUCGGCGUCAUACAUGGUAUUUGCCGCGUUCUUCGAUGUUUCCAUCUUAGCCCUCUAUGCCUUCAGCGCCUUGUUCGCCAAGUCGAAGAAUGUCAACUGGACCUCCAUACUUCAAAAUGGAGACAUCACCACCUUUGAGCAUGCAGUCUUCCUUCUCGCAGCCGUUGGAGCUGGUCUCCAUUCCAUUUCCCUGGCAGUCUCCCUCUAUCUCGCCGUCACUUUCCAUAAGAUCGCAAGCAUGCCACCGGAUAUGAAUCCCCUGGAAGAUAACCUCACCUCCCGCCACAAACGUAAUAAGUCCUCUAUAUCUAUGGCCACAACGGUGUUAUCUGAGAAAGAGAAAGGACUUUCCAUGCCCCUAGAAAGUAGUCACAGUUCCGGAACGAUGUACGAAGACCUAUCUCGCCCACCAACCAUCCCAUUCUUCAACACAAGAGCUCAAUCUACCACCUCCUUGUCAACCUACAAAUCCACACCACCACCAUCUCGAGAUGCAAGACUUGACUUACCAAGCAGACAAUACCAAAUCCCGCGCUCGGACUCAAACCGCUCUUCCAUGGCUUCAGUAUCAGAUCUAAAACGCAACUCGGGCAAUUCCUUCUCACCAAUGAAACGAUCAAACCCCUCCUACACCGUGGUCCCCCUUAGCGAGUAUGAAGCCAAUAUCCAAGUCCGUGAAUUAAACAUGCAAGGCACUCGACCAUCAACUCGCAUGUCGGGAACGAGCGAAGCCUGGUUUGCCAACGACUCAGCUCCCAUCCUCUCUUCUCCCCGAAUUCGUAGCUCUCCCCGAAAGACACCAGGGAAAUACACACCCCUUCACCAGCGCCGCGACUCAGGAGACGAACUCUCUUUUGGAUUGCCGCAUCCGCUCGAAGCAAACCCAACUACGCCUCGUCACAUGCUGGAGCCUACUCCUCCUUCCCCGGUCUCCCCAUUGUCCGAGAUCAGCGCAAACACCAAUAACAACAACAACAAUGUUCCAACCAAGCACCUCAACAGCUACAAGAACCAUACCUAUCAAACAUACAAAGGCGCCGCCGAAGACCGUGAUAUCGCAGAUAUGACCUACGAACCAGAGCCCGCUCGCGAGACUUUCAAGGCUAAGUAUUAUGGCGAAUUGAAGCCGGGUAUUCCACCGAUUAUGAUUGGGAAGAACAGCCGACAGAUUUCGUCUGGGAAUGAUUUCGGCGAGAGCGGGAGUAGAUUGCGGGAUGUGAGUGGCAAGAUUGCAGAGGAGGGACGAGGCGGCGGCGAUGCAAAGACUUGGGGGACGAGAUUCAGGAAGAUUAGUGGAUUGUGA